AGUUUGUGGCUCGACAUUCCUAAGGCCUUCAGAGUACAAUCGACGCGCCCUCAGUCAUCUCCAGCAUGCCCCCUGCGAUCGAGCUGGACGCGGCGACGUUCGGCGAGGACGAGCUCCCCCCCUGGGCUGGCGCGGUCAUUGCGCCCAAGCGGGCCGCCGCAGAAUCCGCCGACAGCGCCGGCUCGCAGGCGAAGCAGGCGAGGGGCAACGGCAAGGGAGAGCAAUCACUUCUUCGCAAGGUGGCUGCGCUUUCACCGGCUACCGCUCGCGAGCAGGCUAUGCUCUCGUCCGUCGUGCUGUCGACCUUCCUGGCGCCGAGCGAAUCGUACUCGGCCAAGAGCGGCUUGGCGGCCAACAAGGUCUACUCGGACACGGUCAAGAAUAUUCACGAUCGCAAGGAGGCGGGCGAGGAGGUCGAUCUCGCCAGUUCAGGGCCUCCGUUUAUCACGGCGUUCUUCCUCUCGGCGCGCGCCACGAUGACGCAGGGAUCGGAUCAGGUGCAAAAGGCCGCCACGGAGUUCUUCCAGAAGUAUCUCAAGGACCAGACGCCGCAAUACAUGGCCUCGUUGGCCAGGCAGUUCACCGCGCGGGCCCCGCGCGGCCCUGGCAGCAAGCGGACGCAGGGCAAAGUCAAGCUGACGCUGGCGCUGGGUCCCAACCCCGGAGCGCAGGCGGUGAACACGUUGAUAGACUUGGCGCUCGCGGAGUGCAAGGCCGCACAGAUGGCGGGGGCUGCGCCGAAGGGUCCUCUCGAGCGCCAGAUUGCGGCGGCACUGAAGCGCGCGUGACUAUCCCUGAGGCUUUUGCCACGAGUGCUCGAUAUCGUGAGCUUGUGGCCAGAGGCGUGCUAGGUCAGCCAGCCAAGAAUUUUUGGUGGCCUUGCAUGCGGAGGAG